AUGCCACCUCGCAAGAAAUCGAAAGAGACUCUCGUCGAGCCUGGUCCUGACGAUGGAUUCUCCGCCGCGGAUGAGCCCGACCCAGCUACACGUAAGCGUACGGUCAAGAAAACCGAAAAGACUGGCCCGCGGAAGAAGCCGGCGCGAAAGCCCCGAAAGCCAAACCCAGACCCAGAGCAGGCGCGGGGCGACCUUUCGGCUGGUACUCCUCUCGGUCCUGUACGACUUCUUGCGUCGCCAGCCACAACAAAUCUGAACGCAUGGCUCGCCGUUCGUGACGAACUCGUCGUACAGAAGCCGAUAGUGCAUACACCAGUAACCCAUCAACCGUUAAUAUCGUUGCGAGACCUGCCCGAUGUGCCAGGCCGAGACUUCAAAUUUGAAGUCAAGAGUGAACUUCUUGAGGUUAACUGGGAUCCGAUCGAUGAGAGUGACGAAUUGCUUGCCCCCAAAAGGACAGGGGAGUGUCGUGCGUUGAUGGACAAAUAUCGAAAGACUAUCAAGACCUGGAGAGUCACUGUCUUUGACGGUGCGCUUCCUAAGACCGAACAGAAACGACUGCGUUUGUUCCCCGAGUAUGAGCAGGAAGAAACAAAUAUCUGGCGGAAUGGGAAGCUCAGUGCCAAACCCACAACGCCUGAGAACGAAAAGUACAUACAGCGAGGCGGGCCGCUGGAUGACACCAUAUGCCCUUCCCCAGCAGACGUCGACAAGGUAGGUGCGGAGGCAUGUAGACUUCUCAACAAAUACCCGGAUGCCAUACCCGAUAGCGAAUUCCCGCAUGAAGUGGGCCAUGGACGAUGUCCAAUGCGGUCGACACUCGAGCUGAUGUCGUUGCAGGCGAUAAGGGAGGACUUCGACUUUCGGCGUAUUCGCUACGUCUUUCGAUGUGCUUCAUCGCUGCAUUAUCACGCCUAUUAUCCUUUAGGCAUAAAGCCAAGUACGAGAAAUUUCGGAUACCAUGUUCCAGUUCCUUCUUUUCCAAUUGGAUACUCGAGGCAGCCUAGCAUUCCAAUUUCUAGGAGCGUCUUCGAAUCGUACACGAAGCCGCCUGCGCCGCCGCUCUGGUGGGCGAUCCGAGCACUGCCACCGGUGUACACGGCCAGACCUGUCAACACCUCGGUAGAUGUCGCCGUGCCAGAAGAUUUGGUUACUCACACGGCCGAAAACAGCGCUGAUGCCGGAAGCAUACUCCCGCUAUCUAAAGGACCCAAAACGACCAAGGAAGUACGAAUCCAAGGGUGUCCCAGUGUGCCACAAUCCACUAUAUUGGAAGUCAUCGAUUACAUCUGCUGGAAGAUGUUUGGCCUGGUGGGAAGUGAGUUAGCUUUCAAAGAAGCGCAAGUGACUGUCCUGCGUUAUAUACACUCGAAUUUGCCCGCUCACCCGUCUGUCAUUGGGCCUUACAGCGGUCGAAAACUCUUCAAAGCAGACACCACUACGAGAUUCGCCAUCAUACAAGCCAUACAGCAAUCGAUAUCCGGGUUCAUUCCACCGCUCACUGUUGGUUCUUCCCGCAGUAGCAGAACUGUCGUAGCUCUCGCGGCAGAAAGCGCCUAUCGAGUGUUCGUGCGUACUAGCCAAAUACUGCUGUGUUUGCAGGAGUUCUACGUCUCUGUAGACGAACUUCUACAUAGCAAGAAGUCUCUGCUUAGCAAAGAACUGUAUUGCCAGUGCGUGGACCAUGUACAAAAGCAGAAAACGGUGCACUACUGUAUGUGGUGUCUUGAGCAAGUUCCGUGCUACACUAUGAUCCGCCACACGGAUGACCGCUUGAUCUGCGCUUCGCACCUUGUAGUUGUCGCAAAACAGGAGAACAGUUCACCACCACCGCCAGGACCCGAAGCACGACUACGCAAAACUUGCUUGAAACGCGAGGGAGGGACCAUAUACGGCAGCUUAUCAUUCCAACAUCGAAGCGCGGUCGCAGAUGCGGUCAUUGCCCAGCUCACACCGAAAGGGUAUAAAGACAUAUUCAACGGCGACCGCUUAACACCGGAAGGUCAUGAUCCCCGUAGACACACCCUUGACGCAACAUUCCCCCUAUGGUUCGCCAAUGAUGAGGCGUUUGUACAUCACAAAGACAACGUCGGUUUAACAUCUCACUUCUUGAACGCUGCGAAGCAGGACGACAUACCCAUAGUACUGGCCAUUGCUUCCGAUGCAGUGAAAACAGACCGCACGGAUAAUGCCAAGAUCUCCCAGCUCGAACUUGCUUUUGACCAUUGCUUUCGCAUUAGGUGCGUUUUGCCGCGUAGUAUCAAGCUGCGUAGAGAGCUUGCCAGCAUGCUGGGAAAGGAAUGGUGGGACGGUUUUUAUAGGAUGAUGAAGACUGGGGUGUAUGAUGGAAUGAACCCGGUUCACAAUUUUAAAGUCGACUUUGGUACUCGCGAAGGCAGUUCCUGGGAUUUCGACUCAAUUACACGACUCAAGAGGAUAUGUCUCGAGAUUGAACAAAGUCCCGAUUGCAACCCCCAGGGUCUUCAGCUCCCUCGAGGCCAGGCAAGCAGAAAUUCUGCCCCUUGGCUGUGGAACGAGGCUCACAUGUUCGACAAUCUCGACUGGGACUACCUUGGCCGUUUGUUCUCGGAGAGGUUCAGACGCCUGGAUAGGCAUUGCGAUCUAGCAAACGACCACCGUAAUGAGUGCUCAGAGACUCUGUUUCUUACGUGUGUAAUCUUGUGGUUUCGUUAUGGUGGCAAAGAUGAGAUCCUCGGCCUACACAUGACAGUCUUUUCGCGUCAUGCCCUACGGUUCUCUAUUGGGCGUGCCUUACACGUAGAGCCUGGAUCCAUCAUGAGAACGGGCUGGACCGUCAAGUACCCCAGCUCUUUGUCGCAGUACAAUGACGCGUUGCGUACGAUUACGAUGGAGAGCUGGUUUAUGAAUCGAGCAAAGUCCAACUUCCCAUGUACACCGGAGAACAUCGUGCUCUUCACCGACUUGCUCCGAGAUAUCAACAUGGACAGCCCUUUCUGGGAGGGCCACCCCGCCCAAUAUACGGACGCUCAACUACAGUUCCCGAAGAUUUGGCAAGGACGGGGAUCUGCGCUUGGAGCUACCGAUAUCACGGACAAACCUCUCGACGAUAUGGAAGAGGAAGACGACGAGGCACUUGUUAUGGGCACUGUGCCAGUGGGACAAGAUGAGGAAGAUAAUGAGGGCCUAGAAGAAAUCAUCGCCGGAGACGAGGAAGGUGAAGAAGAGGAUAUGGAGAAAAUGUCAGGAGGUGGAGAACAAGCAAGCACUGUUAAUGAUAGCCAACUGCCCGGAACGGCGGGAGUUGAUCGAGAGGACGAGCGUUCUGCCAAUAAUGCAGCGGCCAACUUCCUUUUCGAUUGCCAGUCGCACAUACCAGAGCAUAUGCGAGUUCGGUUCAACCAGGCGAUCCUGAUACUUCAAGAAGCUGCCAUGCGCAGCAUAGUCAACAAAGCUUCCACAGCUCCUACUAGUUCUACGGCUGCAUCCCGCAUCAACCUUUUCGAACAGUUCAAAGUCACCAUAGUCGACUGGUUCCAGUACAAGAGCGAAUCAUCCGUUACGGUUGAGGAACUAGUCGAUACUACGCUGGAAGAGUGGCAAGGCCUUAAUUCGAGUAUUCAAAUUGCCUUUGGCCGACAGGACAUCGUCUCCUUCUGCCAGGAGCUCGACGGUAAAGAUGGAUUCAGAUACGGCAAGGACGGUGUGCUCAUUUACAAGCCCUAAACAUCCUCAGGGAUGCGCUGAUAGUUGGUUGUGCGAGGACAGCUUACCGCUUGCAGAAGUGGAGCUGCACUGCGCGAAAGGGAUGUCAAGGAUUCGGAGACCUCAUCGGGGGCAUAUGGGAUAGACUUUCUUUGUAAAAGAUUAACAACAACAGCUACAUGGGCUAUGUAGGACGUAAAGUCUUUCCAUGAUAGUUCGAGAGCAAUAGAACC